CAACCCUCGCGAUGCGCGUUCUCCGUCACACUCCUAUGACACUGCGGAAGUGAUGAUGGCAAGCACGAACGCCAUGGUCAUGAUGCUCCGGACGCGCGGGUAGUACAGUAUGUAAGCACCGAAGCCAUGUGGCAUGCGGGUGGCUGUGGCGGUUAGCGCAUGUGCCAUUGCAUCUGGGCAUCUGCAGGGUUCACGUCCAACAAUGCAAGGCGCGCCUCCGCAGCGCAACGCUCAAAGUCCUGUAUCGCCAUGUCCUAGGUCCUGAUCAGAAUCCACGGGCUACCACGUGCACCAUGGCCAACGAAACGCCCCCACAAACCCCGGCUGAGCGCCGCUUCCUGCGGCCCAGUCUACGCAGCGCGACCAUGGUCCAACCCAAGACGGGCGAACGCGUCAAGAAAGCCUUUACUCUGCGGCGAUCCCAACACCGACCCUCCGAAUCCUCCGAGUUUCUGCUUGCGCCGGGCCAAUACGAUGAACAGCGGCACCGGGACAUGGGAAGAGUCGAACUGGCCAGAGUCAUAGUCCGGAACAAGUGUCGACAAGCCUACGCGUAUGCGACAAGUGAUAUUGGAAUCGGCAUAUUCAAAUGCUCGCUGGCUUAUGUUCUCGGGUCCUUGGCCACCUUCGUCCCAGCCAUUGCAGGACUGCUGGGCAAGAACGAUGGAAAGCACAUAGUCGCCACCAUUACUGUUUAUUUCCAUCCAGCCCGCUCAGCCGGUAGCAUGAUCGAGGCAGUCAUCUUGGCCUUUGCCGCUUUCAUGUAUGCCGCCUUCGUCUCCUUUUCCAGCAUGGCUGUGUCUGCAUACUUUGGAAACCAUGACCUGUUAGUACUAGGCCAUGUCAUCGUGCUCGUUGUCUUCUGUGGAGGAGGCCUGGGACUUGUUGGAUGGACAAAACAAAAGCUGGGCAACCCGCUCGUCAACGUGGCUUGCUCCUUGACUUCACUCGCCCUCAUCACCAUCCUGACCAAGGAGGGUGCUGUCCAGGCAGCCAAGUUCUCCUACGUCAAGGUCUGGCAAGUCUUGAAGAUGAUAAUUCUGGGCUGUUCCGCCUCAGCCCUAGUGUCGCUCCUUGUGCAGCCAAAGUCGGCGCGCAACGAAUUCCGUGACACUUUCAUAAAGUCGACCGAUGCUAUGGCCGAGAUGCUCAACGGCAUUACCCUCAGCUUCCUUUCCGGUGCGGAAUCAGAUCUCAAAAGCGAUUCUUAUGUCGAAGCCUCCAAGAAGAGCCAGUCCACAUUCAAGACUCUUGUAAAGAACUUGGGAGAAGCCAAGUUUGAACAUUACGCUCUAGGUACUGAGGAAGAGUACAAGAUCAAUGCCAAGCUUGUUAAAUGUCUGGAAAAGCUAAUGCAGAGCUGUGGAGGACUGCGGAGUGCUGCUGAGACUCAGUUUACAUUAUUGGCGCAGUCAGAGUCGGAACCAAAUGGGGCGUCGCACCAGCCUAUACCUGCCAACGGAACCGUUACCUCGUCAAUAUUUUCCGAGCAUACCAUGUCACUAAGCCCGCCACAACUAUCUCCCAGUCUCAGCCAUACCGAGAGGCGCACUAGCAUCCUCGCCUCCAUCGAUGAGCUGCCCGAGAGUUCUGCUGAAGCAUCCGCAUACCCCUCAGCAGCUGGAUCCGACGACGAGUCCACUCCGACCAAGAAGAAGUCUGGCCAAGUCACGAAUCUUUUGCAGUCGAACCUUACGCCUGCUGACAUGUUCUCUGUGUUUAUUGCUCAAUUGGGGCCACCAAUGAAAUCUUUAGCAUACACGUUACGUGAGGUCCUCUCUGAACUACCUUUCGGACCCGGGCCCGAGUACAACAUGGCUAUCAACGAACACUUUCGUCACAGUCUGGUCGACGCGAAAGCACUGUUUUCAAACGCACGACGAGAAGCUCUUUCGGCUGUCUACAAGAACAAGAUACCAACCAGGGCCAGCUCCGCAGAGGUCGCAGCCGACUUUGAAGAGGUUGCCGCAAGUUGUGGGUACUUCAGUUCGUCGUUGUUGGAUUUCGCCGAAGAUAUGGUCACGUUUCUUGAUAUUCUUGAAGAGUUAAAAGGAAACGUCAAUCGCUAUCCGCGACAAAGAACCUACCAUUGGCUAAAAUUCUGGCAACGUGGGCGCAACAAGACUACAUCCGGAGAUGGCUCGGAAGAGUCCAGUCUUGUUGAUGAAACAGAAGCCCAGACACCUGGAGGCUCGCACGAGAUUCAUAAUCCCAUCUACCGGAAGUCGACGCGGGGCGAUCCAUACAAGUCAGAGAAUGAGCAGCCGCUGUCAUACCGCAUAUGGACUUCAUUGGCCGUCUUUAGGAGAGACGACCUGAAAUUCGCUGUCAAGGUUGGUAUAGGUGCAGUCCUCUACGCCAUGUGGUCAUUCAUCCAAUCGACCCGGGGAUUCUACGGUCAUUGGCGUGGAGAGUGGGGCCUGUUGUCGUACAUGUUGGUUUGUUCGAUGACUAUCGGUGCCUCCAACACCACUGGUUUCCAACGUUUUGCUGGUACAUGUCUUGGGGCUGUACUUGCCAUCGCCGCAUGGAUUGCAGCUGAUGACCAUGCUUUCGUUCUGGGAUUUUUCGGUUGGCUCAUCUCUUUGUUCUGCUUUUACAUCAUUGUGGGCAAGGGCAAAGGGCCUAUGGGUCGCUUCAUCCUGUUGACUUACAACCUUUCUGCACUCUAUGCAUACUCGCUGUCUGUCAAAGACGAGGAAGACGAUGACGACGAGGGCGGUAUCUCGCCUGAGAUAUGGGAGAUUGUGCUUCAUCGUGUGGUCGCUGUGAUGGCUGGUUGUCUAUGGGGCAUCAUCGUGACGAGGGUCAUCUGGCCCAUCUCAGCACGUCGCAAGGUCAAGAAGGGCACGUCUUUGCUAUGGCUCAAGAUGGGCUUGAUUUGGAAGCGCGGCCCUCUGAAGACCUUACUUGAGUCCAACGAGAACUCGAGUCGAACGUAUUCGUACAUGUCCGAACGCGAAGAACUCGAGCUUCGUCGAUAUCUGUCUCAUCUGGAUACGCUGCGUGCAUCAGCUGCUGCCGAAUUUGAGCUCAAAGGCCCUUUCCCGGACAAGAGCUUCAAGAUCAUUCUAGGCGCGACUAGCCGUAUAUUGGAUAGUUUCCAUGCUAUGAACGUCGUGAUUCUGAAAGACUUGAAGGCAUCUGAAGGCGAGAAAGAGGCUUUGAGGUAUACCAAAAAAGAAUGGAUGGAUCUGAGUUGGCGCAUCAGUCAUUUGUUUUCAGUCAUGGCUUCUUCAAUGAAGCUAGCUUAUCCACUCAACGAUGUACUGCCCAAUGUCGAACACACGCGCGAUCGAUUGUUAGCAAAGGUCUUUGAGUUCCGACAGAGCGGACUGGGCAAAGUCAUCGCCAACGAUGAAGACUACGAGUUGUUGUAUGCGUAUGCGCUGGUGACUGGGCAGCUCGCUCAUGAUCUCAAUAUAAUUGGGCAAGAGAUCGAAAAGCUAUACGGCGUGCUGAGUGAGGAGGAUCUGAAACUACAGUAGAUACACGCAAUGCACAGAAGUGAUGACUCUACACGGCUUGGCU